AGAUAGAGAGAGACAAAAACCCUAAGACGGCUUUGUAUUUUUUAUACCUUCUUCGUUCUUCUUCCUCCGUCCAUCUCUCGCCGCUCCCUCCUCCUUACAAAUCCUAUUGCUCUCAUCGGAAUCUUUCGUCAUUAUGCUCAGAACCCACCAUUAUCAGAGCUCUAUCGCUUCCCUUCUCCGUUCCACGAUUAUCGCUUCGACUACUAUCGGAAGUACUCACACUGUUGCUAUCAUCAUCGCGAACUGAUUACCACGUUUGAAUUAAGGUCGCUGAUUUGAGAAUUGGGUUCCGUUUAAAGUUAGGGUUUUGGUAAAUUUUCUAUUGUUUUCAAAGAUGGCUGCUUUGAAAGGGUAUGGCUUGUGUUCUAUGGACUCUGCUCUACAGUUCCCCUGUCCAAGGCGAUUCGAGGGCUACAAGAGAAGGAGCUCGAAAUAUGUCUCUCCAAAAGCAGCUGUUGUACCGAAUUUCCAUCUCCCAAUGCGCAGCUUAGAGGUCAAAAACAGGACAAACACAGACGACAUAAAAGCUCUGCGGGUGAUCACAGCUAUCAAAACACCGUAUCUACCUGAUGGAAGAUUCGAUCUUGAAGCCUACGAUGACUUGGUGAACAUUCAGAUACAAAACGGCGCAGAAGGUGUCAUUGUUGGUGGUACAACUGGUGAAGGACAGUUGAUGAGCUGGGAUGAACACAUUAUGCUCAUUGGCCAUACUGUUAACUGUUUUGGAGGAAGCAUCAAAGUCAUUGGAAACACAGGAAGCAACUCAACAAGAGAAGCAAUCCACGCCACUGAACAAGGAUUCGCUGUUGGAAUGCACGCCGCUCUUCACAUUAACCCUUACUAUGGCAAAACCUCCAUUGAGGGUCUCAUCGCUCAUUUCCAGUCCGUUCUUCAUAUGGGACCGACGAUCAUAUACAACGUGCCAGGUCGAACAGGGCAGGAUAUACCGCCUCGUGCAAUCUUCAAACUUUCUCAGAGCCCUAACUUAGCCGGUGUGAAAGAAUGUGUUGGUAACAAGCGUGUUGAAGAGUACACUGAGAGUGGGAUUGUUGUGUGGAGUGGGAAUGAUGAUGAGUGUCAUGAUUCGAGAUGGGAUUAUGGAGCAACCGGAGUUAUAUCUGUUACUAGUAACUUAGUCCCGGGUUUGAUGAGGAAAUUGAUGUUUGAAGGCAGGAACUCGUCGUUGAACUCAAAGCUUCUACCUUUGAUGGAUUGGCUAUUCCACGAGCCAAACCCGAUUGGAGUUAACACUGCUUUGGCUCAGCUUGGGGUAUCGAGGCCGGUUUUUAGGUUACCGUAUGUUCCAUUGCCUCUUUCUAAGAGACUUGAGUUUGUGAAGAUGGUGAAGGAGAUUGGACGUGAGCAUUUUGUCGGUGAGAAAGAUGUUCAGGCUCUUGAUGACGAUGAUUUUAUCCUUAUCGGUCGUUAUUAGCAUACUUUCUCGAUUUUUGCAAUGAAGAGAUGGUUUUAUGUAUUUGCUUUAUGUAGCUGAUGAAUGUAUCUGAUCUUGAUUUUGAUCUGCCUUUUAGUAUUGGAUUUUCAU